AAACUACCCGCCUGUCUUGCUGCCUCGUGGACUUGCCGCUAAGGUUUCUGGCACCUUUCUUCGAACUCAGCGAAAACUUUCGUCAAAGUUGGGAACUUUUAAGACUCUUAUCUUAGAUUCAUCUCGUUUGGAUCACAUAAUACUCCAUUUCUCCCAUGAUUCUUCCUGGGAUCCCGAGUUUUCACAUGGAGAGGAAGAUUUUAUAGCAAACCCAGGUUUCAAAGUCUGCGUUUUUUUUUUUUUUUUUUUUUUUUUUUUUGUAUUGAAUAUAGGGUUUGGUUGAGUUUUGGAAGAUGGGUUGGAAGUACAAAGCUGGGUUAGGGUUGAUUGGAACGGUUGUGUUCAUAUGGGUCGCCUCCGCAGAGAUAACACAGAGGAUCUUUGCAGAGUAUAAUCAGCCCUUUGCACUCACGUAUCUUGGGGUGUCUCUUAUGGUGGUUUAUUUACCCAUUGCGGUUUUAAAAGAUUGGAUCUGCAGCUUAUUUAAUGGCUAUUCUGCGCUUGGUGGCACUUCAGCUGGGCUUGAUGUUCCUCUUAGAAUCAAUGAAUUGCAAUAUAAUACAGAAGCUGACCUCGGAAGCUGCCUUGUAACUGAUAAGGAUCUUAGUGAAAGAGAAGAGGGUCAGCCUUUCAACGCCAGUGGUGAGAAAGAUGAACCUAACUUGUCUAAGCUUGCGGGUGAACUUAAUUCUUGGGGAGUUGUCAAGUGCAGUUUAUACCUAGCCCCAAUAUGGUUUAUAACUGAGUAUCUCUCAAACUCUGCUCUUGCAAAUACUAGUGUUGCGAGUACCACUGUCCUGACCUCUACUUCGGGGCUUUUUACACUCUUCUUUGGAGCUCUUCUUGGCCAGGAAUCAAUAAAUAUUGUGAAAGUGGUUGCUGUUUUUAUAAGCAUGGCUGGUGUUGCUAUGACCACAGUUGGGAACACUUGGGCAUCUGAUGAAAUGCUUAGUGUCACUGAGAGUAGAAGGCACUCUAUUAUAGGGGAUAUUUUUGGUCUCCUCUCAGCAAUUUCCUAUGGACUAUUUACAGUCCUUCUCAAGAAGUCUGCUGGAUCUGAAGGAGAAAAGGUAGAUGUGCAGAAGUUCUUUGGAUACAUUGGUCUCUUCACUCUUCUUGGCCUUUGGUGGCUUGUUUGGCCACUGAAUGCUGUUGGAAUUGAGCCUCCUUUCAGGCUUCCACAUUCAGCUUCCACUGGGGAAGUAGUGUUGUUUAAUGGCUUUGUUGGGAGUGUACUUUCAGACUAUUUUUGGGCCCUUUCUGUUGUUUGGACAAAUCCAUUAGUUGCAACUCUAGGCAUGUCCUUGACAAUACCCCUUGCAAUGGUAGCUGAUAUGGUCAUACACGGCCGUCAUUUCUCUGCAGUCUACAUCUUCGGCUGCAUUCAGGUACAUGCAUGCUUAUUUUCAAUAUCAUUUUAAUCCAAAUGUUCUAUCCAGGAUCUUUAGACCAGAUUGAAGAAUGGAAAAGUCGUUCUGGUGGCAAUCACAACAUGGUUGAUUCUAUUUUCUUUGGGAGCUUUUAAUUUCUGAACUUCAAUUACAGCCCUCAUGUCUUCUAGUAGUAUGCAAAUGAAGAACUUCAUUCGUCAAAUUUUGUUGGAUACAGGUUUUUGCAGGUUUUAUCAUAGCUAACCUUUCAGACAAGUUAUUGGAUAAAGCAGCAGGGUUGUAAUGUAGCUGUGACAUGCAAAUUUCCAGAUGGAUGACCCAAAGUAGAUUUUUCUUCAAACUUUUCAUGCCUUAUGGGGUGCUUUCUUGGAUGCACAUUGUUUGUGAAAUUUAAAAGUUGUGAAUUUUAAUUCAGAUGGGUUUACAGUACUAGUUAUUAGUACAACAUAUUAGCCAAAUUCGUAAUGUGGACUUUCUUUAGAGG